ACCCCCUGCAAUGCCGCCAUGGACCCCUGGUUGAAAACCCCUGCCCUAUCCCAUUGAUGAAAUUAAACAUAAUUUAAGCUUUUUCAAAAUGAUGCUUGCAGACAUUCCUGGUUCGCAAGUCCAGCACAUCCCAGAAGAAAGUACUCUGCGUCAGGCUGGCCGAUGACAGCGUGCCCUCUUUUGUGAAGCAAUUUGUCAUUCGUGAGGCGGACUCCACGUUCUUCUUGGAGAGCUCAGCCAUACGCUUCCCUGAUCUUUGCCGUCUCAUUGCCUUCUACUGUGUCAGCCGGGAUGUCCUGCCAUUCACUCUGGAACUGCCAGAGGCCAUAGCCAGAGCUUCAUCACACAAGCAACUUGAGUCUAUCUCUCACAUGGGUGUAGAGUUCUGGAGCUCGCAGCUGAACUUCAGGGGCCCUCGUAAUGGUCCUCCUCCAGUCGCCGAGGCGCCGCCGCCCCCAGCUCUCACGCCGGAAGACUGCGCCACACCCAUAGAAAACCCCACCCUGUUUGAGGAGUUCUGUCCCAUCCGCACACGGAGCCCCAGAGAGCUGGACAUCGGCACCGGCCAAGGAGCUCUGUGCUUCAUCAACCCCCUCUUCCUGCAGGACCAGCCCAUUCGCAGCGCACUGCACAGACGUCAUCAUUUCAAGCGCAGCAUCAAAGUGCGCGUCUCCACCGAGAACUCCAGCCCCCUCUCACCUCCGGUCGCUCCGCCCCCCCCGCCGCCGCUGCUGGCCAAAGCCAAGAAGCAGGGCAAGGGUGUGAGACAGAGGGCCGCUGAGGCAGAGGAAGCCAGAGACGCCACGCAGGAUACCACAGCAGCACCACAGGAGGUCUCAGACUACCUGCAGCCCAGUGUGGCUCUACCAAAGAAGACACGCACUCUGGUGUCCCCCGCUCUCUCACCGACAGCAGAGGAGGACGACUAUCAGAUGCCAAAAGCUCUAUUCCGGAGCUGUGGUCAGAGAGGAGAGGAAGAGAAGGAAGAGGAAGACAUGGGUGAAGAUGAAGACGCAGGGCUGGUGUUAGAGCAGAGGCGCGCUCCGUCCCUCAGUGAACUGGAGAGCAGCAGCUCCAUCAGCAGCCUGGACGAGCCGGACGAGAGCCCAGAGCGCCCGCCCCUCUCCCGGGGGACCAGCGCCCCGGCCGCCCCCAGUCCCUCACCCCCACCCCAGCCCGUCUCUGCCCUGCGCAAGAUGAGCGCCGCCUUCGUCUCCUUCUUCAUGCCAGAGAAGCGUGUGGCGCGGAUGGUGGAGGAGCUGUCCCACGACCGGCGCCUGGCGUUCGGUGGCCUCGUGCAAGACUUCCUCCGCCAGCAGCGGGAGGCCCUGAAGCUGCUUAAGCUGACCUCUGCCAUGGAGAUGCUGCAGGGCAUUCGCCAGUUCCUCUCCCAGGCCAAGACAUUCCUCCUGGACUGUGGGGAACUUGAGCCCCCCAUCGAGACCCUGCUGCCAGAGGAUAUAAAAGAGCAGGCUCUGGAGAAGGCCAUGUUCCGCUGUGUGUUGAAGCCACUGAAGGCCCAGGUUGAUGGAGCCCUCAGUACCCUCCAUGACCGAGAUGGGUCUUCUCAGCGUAUGGCGGAGAGCCUCCAAAGGGCAAGGGAGAGGUCACCUCUGGAGCUUUUUGGGGUGCAGGUAAACGUUCCCGACACCCAGGGCAUAGAGAAGGUACGGCAGAAGCUAAGCAUGCUACAACGCGCCUAUUCCCCCAUCGACAAAGUCCUGCUGAUACUGCAGGUGUGCAAACUCAUCUACAAAGCCAUGAAUAAAGACAAACGGAAGGAGUUUGGUGCAGAUGACUUCUUGCCAGUCCUCUCCUAUGUGAUUGUACAGUGUAACAUGCCAGAGCUUCUGUUCGAAGUUGAGUACAUGAUGGAACUGUUAGACACCCCGUGGCUCACUGGAGAGGGUGGGUACUAUCUGACCAGCGUCUACGCCAGCUUAUGCCUGAUCCAGAGUCAGCCCAGUACUCCUCCAACCAGCGGGUUGACCCGCGAGGCCCGAGAGUCCCUGAGGGAGUGGAGUCACCGCCGAAGCAAUGACUCCAAGAGAGGAAGAUCCAGGAAGCACCAGAGGUUUGUGAAGGUACUCUUCCAGAAUGAGGAGAGCUGCUCGGUAAAGACUCUUCAGUGGAAUAACGGGGUUAGUGUGGAGGACUUAGCUCAACUUUGUGCCGCCAAAUUUGGCACCAGUGAGCCAGACGACUACGCUCUCUUCUGGAGAAAGGAAGGGGAGGCUGAGCCUCUUCCCCCUGAUUCCAAAAUGGAGGACUUUCUGGCCUUGGGCGGCAGUGGAUCUCCCCUGAUCUACCAGCUCCAGAGCCCUGAUGCCCAGUCACGGAAACUGACCAGAAAAGGUGCGGUAGACCUGGUGGAGUCCUAAUGGAAUUUCGGUCUGGCCAAAAACACCUUUCAGUUUUAUUCAUUGAUAGUAAUUUUAGUCAGUCGUAUAUUUUAGCCUUGGUGGGACGUGUUGAGUAGCAGUGUUCCAUGCACUUAUAUAUUUGAUAGCACUGAUUUGCAUUGAUUUAGAUCAGUGUUUUCAGGGGUGUCUAUAUACACAUUUAAGUAAAAUAUUGGUUAGUACCUAAACUGUUAUGAAUAUAAAUAGUGGUGGAAAAUGUCAACUGUAAAUAAUAGAAAGUAAUUUCAAAUAUUACAUUAGGAUUAUAUAUUUAAGUUCUUUCUUUUGGCCUGACUGUAUUAUAUGUAUAAAUGGGAACAUGAGCCAUAUUUAUUUUAUACCCUCUUCCACCCAUGGGACUUAUGACUACAUCUGGGGAAAACCUGUUUCCUUUCCAGAAGUGGACUGCGGUCAAAACCAGCACAAACAAGGCUGGCUGUCCUUUUAAAAUCCACCUUAAUUUGAUGAGAGCACAACUGACUUAUAAUAAUAGUUGCUGCUACUUUUGAGCUGUCUCCAUAAGAUAGACAGGUAAUCCUCUAAUGGCUUCCUCCCAUAUUAAGGCAAAAUUCUCCCAUGGUUGUCCCUAGGUGGAUGAUGUAAAUGUAAAUCUGGCCCAGUAAGGUUGAUAUACACUUACAUCCAAAGCACCUAAUCAUGAAUUCAGAUGAUGUUUUUAGAAUGUGCAGGUACACAUGGAUCACAGAACAGUCACUUUUAUAUGAUACAGCUAAAUGCAUUAGGUCUUUGUAAGUCUUAUGAGAUCAUUCCACUGCAGCUUAAGGAUCUUCAACAUUCUGAAGACAUUUGCCUGGAGUUGAUAUCUGCUGUGUUCUUUCAUUAACAUGUUAGUAUUGUUUCAAGAUUUAGGUGAGUUAACUUACAGGCAAUGAACUCCUGAACUCUAUUUGAAAUCUUACUGAUUGUCGAACAUUAGGAACAUUUCCUUGGACAGUUGCUUAUGGCUGUUUAGUAGUAGAGAACUAAAUCCAGAUUUUAUAAAUCACUGUAACAAGUUCUAACUUUUAACUAUUCCUGGCACGGUCAGAGACCCACAAGAACACACAGCAACUGGCAGGCAUUGCGCCUGUGAGAUUAUUUGAGUUUUUUCCUUCUUGCUUUGUUCUUGGAAUAACUUCAGUUCUUCUCUCUGUCCAGUUCUCACCAAUGUUGGCGAGUUCUAAUCUUGUUCUUGUUCAGUGAAAUAAAUAUUCAGCUCUAUACAUGCCAA